AACCCAGCCAAGAUCAUGUUCCGAGUUCUCAACGCAGGCUUCCAACAUACGAAACUCCAUUACCGGCAACCAGACUUAAUAUGCCACGAAAGGGAGGCAAAGCCGCGAAACUGUGGUCGCUUCACCCAAAGCUUCAUGAUGACGUGGCACGGUUGUUAGACGAGGAAGGGCUUCAACUAGACUUCUUUGACGUCGACGAUGAAGAUACCAACAUUGAGGAACGGGACACGAAUGUUAUGGGUCGAUUCGUAUGUCGAAAUCGCGGUUGUUGUUCCAGCGGUUGGUCGAGCAAAAAGAUUGCGAUUACAAUUCGCAUGUACUCCCAACAGCGAUAUAAUGCGCGAGUGUAUCAUCAGCGAUGCAGAAAUUGCAGAGCCGUUGGUCGACUGAUCCUAGAUUCUGAGUGCUAUGCGGAAAGAGUGACAUAUUGGCUCAAGAAAUGGAAUGGACUUGAGGUACAGCGACCAAAUUCUUCUGGCCAAAGCAAAGGUCCGCACGAUAGUGAACUGUGUGAAGGGUGUAGAGUUGGCCAUUGU